AUGUUCAGACAAAUUCCUGUCAGUGCUUGUGCUGAACCAGACACUCAUGUAUCCAGUCUCUCAUCCAGAAGGAUUGUCCUUCUGGGUAAAACUGGUGUUGGGAAGAGUGCAGCUGGAAACACAAUACUGGGACAGAAAGAGUUCAUAUCUCAGAGGUGUACAAAUACAGUAACCAGUGAAUGUUUAGAGAAAAAAAACACUGUUUCAGGCAGAUAUGUGUCUGUAGUUGAUACUCCUGGAUUCAUUAACUCAAAGAUGAAACAUGAAGAGUUAAUGACAGAGAUAGCGAGAAGUUUUUAUCUAUCCAGUCCUGGACCACAUGGUUUUCUCAUUGUUUUCAAGGCAGAUGACAGAUUCACUGAAGAUGAGCUGCAGAUUCCUCAGAAGAUUGAGAUGAUUUUUGGCCAGAAGGUGUUAAAAUACUCUAUAAUUCUCUUCACUCGUGGAGAUCAACUGGAUGGAGAGCCCAUAGAGAACGACAUUGAGAAAAAUAGUAGAUUAAGACAUCUAAUACAGCAGUGUGGAGGCAGAUAUCAUGUCCUCAACAAUAAAGAUGAGAAUAACAGAGAGCAGGUGAAUGAUCUACUGAAGAAGAUUGACACAAUGAUUGAGCAGAAUGGAGGAGGACACUACAGUAAUCAGUUGUUUCAAGAAGCUGAAAGAUUCAGACGAGAGGAAGACGAGAGGAGACAACAAGAGGAGAAACAAAGACAAGAGAUUGAGAGAGUGAGAAAAGAGGCAGAGAAAAUCAAAGCAGAAUUUGAAGCUAAGAAAUCUGAACUAGAAAGACUUGAAGCAGAGAGAAAAAGAGAGGAAGAGAAGAGAAAACAAGAAGAGAAACAAAGACAAGAGGAACAUACAAGAAAACAACAAGAGGAUAAACGAAAACAAGAGGAAAAAGAAAGAAAACAGGAAAAACUAAAACAAGAGGAGAUUGAGAGAGUGAGAAAAGAGACAGAGAAAAUCAAAGCAGA